GCUCGCUCUUCUCUUUACCUUGCCUUUUCUUUUGAUACCCAAAACUCCAGCCUCAAGCCUCGGGGAAUUGCUCGAGAUACCGCGGGGGUACUGAACGCUUCAUUCCGAAUCCUCGGAACGACCAAAACAUCACAGUACCAUUACCACAACUCCACUACGAUGGUCACUAUCACAGGCGUUGAGACGAGGGAUGUUCGGUUCCCAACAUCCCUAGAUAAGACUGGUUCCGAUGCCAUGAACGCGGCGGGUGACUACUCUUCCGCUUACUGCAUUCUCAGCACAGAUUCAGAAUUCUCUGGACACGGUAUGACAUUCACAAUCGGUCGCGGUAACGAGAUCGUCUGCUCCGCCAUCGCCCACCUCGCAGACCGCGUCAAGGGCCGAACACUCGAAUCUCUCGUCGAGAACUGGGGCAAGACAUGGCGCCAUCUCGUCAACGACUCACAACUCCGCUGGAUCGGCCCUGAGAAGGGUGUCAUUCACCUCGCCCUUGGUGCCGUUGUCAACGCCAUCUGGGAUCUCUGGGCUAAAACACUCGGAAAGCCCGUCUGGCGUAUCGUCGCAGACAUGACACCUCAGCAGAUCGUCGACUUGAUCGACUUCCGCUACAUCACUGACGCCAUCACCCCCGAGGAGGCUCUUGAGAUCCUCACCAAGUCCGAGCAGGGCAAGAAGGAGCGUCUGCAGGAAGCCCUCGACUCGCAGGCCGUCCCUGCUUACACCACAUCAGCCGGCUGGUUGGGUUACGGCGAGGACAAGAUGAAGGCACUUCUGCAGGAGACACUGAGCAAGGGCUACCGCCACUUCAAGCUCAAGGUCGGCAGCGAUGUAGCACAGGACAAGCACCGCCUGAGCAUUGCGCGCGAGAUCAUCGGUUUCGACAAGGGCAACGUGCUCAUGGUCGACGCCAACCAGGUCUGGAGCGUCCCUGAGGCGAUCGAGUACAUGAAGCAGCUCAAGGAGUUCAAGCCCUGGUUCAUCGAGGAGCCUACCAGCCCCGACGAUGUCCUCGGCCACAAAGCCAUCCGCGAAGCCCUCAAGCCCUACGGCAUCGGCGUCGCGACCGGCGAAAUGUGCCAAAACCGCGUCAUGUUCAAGCAGUUCCUUCAAGCGGGCGCAAUCGACAUCUGCCAAAUCGACGCCUGCCGUCUCGGCGGCGUCAACGAAGUCAUCGCCGUGCUCCUCAUGGCCGCCAAAUUCGGUGUCCCCAUUGUUCCUCACUCCGGUGGUGUCGGUCUGCCCGAGUACACGCAGCACUUGUCGACAAUCGACUACGUUGUUGUGUCGGGUAAGAAGAGUGUGCUUGAAUAUGUUGACCAUCUUCAUGAGCACUUUUUCAACCCGAGUAGGAUUGAGAAGGGAUACUAUGUUACGCCGGUUGAGCCGGGUUACAGUGUGGAGAUGAAGCCAGAGUCUAUGGACAAGUUCUCGUAUCCUGGAAAGGAGGGCGUCUCAUGGUGGAAGAGUGAGGAAGCAAGGCCCAUCCUGGAAGGCGAGAAGUUCUAAAUGACAUGAUGUUUGCAUAGGUGGAAGUUUCAUGUUUACGACGAUGAUGCGAAAAGUUUAAAUCUCUACCUCUGCACAUC